UUCGCUAAUCAGCAGGACCGUAGAACGCACUCUCAAUCUCAAGUUUUCAUCGAGCAAUUCUUCCCAAUAAUAAUUUUCUCAAAUAAAUCAAAUUUAAAAUAGAAAAGCAAUUAGAAGUAAGAAAAAUAAUAGAAAAGUGAUAGAGACUUUAUUUUAAUUCAAUGAAAAGGUAAUGUAAUCGUGGUGAGAAGAGGGUUCGAAUGGCGACAGCAAAAAAAAAUAACAGAAGGGAAUAAAGUUAUUCAAUGUCAAUGGCUUUUUAACUUGAAAGUUGUUGAAUUGGACGUUGUUGCAUUAAAUAUUUUGUUAUUGAAAUGAAUUUAUGUAUUAUGGGAUUCAAUUACUGAACGAGAUGAGAUUCUUUGAGUGAUAAUCGUUUUUUUAGGUAAGCGAUCGCCAGUGUAACUUGCAAUUUGAUCAGCGCCAUGGGUGCUAAGGAUUCUAAACCUCAAGUCCUCAGCUACGAAGAAGCCGUCAAGCGUGUGAACACUGUUGAACUCAAAAGACUCAAAGAUACAUUCAGUAAGUAUGCAACGCCAAGUGGAUUACUCCAGCAAAGUAUUUUCUUUUCUGAAAUUCUUGGUGACACAGUCCCCAACAACCUGGCUGAGCUUAUUUAUACUGCAUGGUGUGGAACUACAAAGGGUAUUACUUUCAAAGAUCUCCUGAGUGGAUUAGUCCUUCUCACUAGAGGCCAUCAGGAUGAAAAGUGUAGAUUCAUAUUCAGUCUUUAUGCUAAAGAUAUGAACAGUGUAGUGACCAAGGAUGAUGUUAUUAACUACACAACAAAGUAUUCUGAUGGAUGGAAUCUGGAAAACAUAUCCAAUUUGUUUGAUGAGGCUGAAGCAGUUAACUAUUCCAAAUUUCGUGAAUGGCUUAUUACAUAUCCUUGUGCAACAUCUCUUACUGAGUGGUUGUUGAGUGAUCCUUGCCCUAUAACACUUUCCAACGAUCUCGAGACGCCAACAUUUUACCAAACGUUAUCUGGUGUCACCCACUUAGAUGAACAAGAGAUUAUUGAUCUCGAGAAAAAAUAUUGGCAGCUGAAAAACCUAUCGUCGAAUGGGAAGUUUGAUAUUGAACUAUUUCUCUCGUUUGCUUCUGCCCCCAUCAGUUCAGUUAUUGAAGAUGACAAUUCCAAGUUUUCCAUUGCCCGUGGAUUGUUCUCUGCAUUUGAUGAAAAUUGCGACGGCCACCUGGAUUUUAAGGAAAUCGUUUGUGGAAUUUCUGCCGCCUGUCGGGGACCUUUGGUUGAGAGGAUAAAAUUUUGCUUUAAAAUUUUUGACUUCGACCGUGAUGGAGUUUUCUGUCGUUCAGAAGUUACUCAGUUGAUUGAAAGCCUGAAACAGCUUGCUGUUGAUCAAUUUCCUGAAGAUGAGAGUGACUGUGAUUCUCUCGAGGUUUCCGACAUUAUUAAAAACGAAAUGGAAUCUGUUGAUCUUGAAACAUUUCUAAUGUGGGCGGUCAACAGAAGUAGUUUGAAACACCUACUCGACAUGCUGCAUCAACUAUGUCAUGUUGUUCUUGGAUUACGCCCCGCUUCGCGCAUUGAAGAAGGGAAAUUAAUUCAAAAUUGGCUAAGACGCGAAGUUAAACGUGGCUACCGAGUGGGCGAAUUUUGGUAUCUUGUAUCAAGCAUUUGGUGGAAACAGUGGUCAGACUAUGUGACAAACCAGGACGAAUCGAUCAAAAGUGUACCAAGUAGCGCUUCUCUGAAAAAUAAUUCAUCUGAUUCUGGAAGCGACCUGAACACUGUAGUCAGACCUAGGGCCAUUGAUAAUACAUGUUUGGUAGCAACGUCGACAAUCAAGGCCACUGUCUUAACUGGAGAAGGAGGUCGACUCCGACGAGAUGUGGAAAAGGGAAAGGACUAUGAAGUAGUUCCCGAGGCAAUCUGGAAAGCAUUGUCAUCGUGGUAUGGAGGUAGCCCAGCUUUACCGAGACAGGCCGUUCAACUUACGGAUGCUGAUCCAAUUGAAUUGGAAUUAUAUCCAUUGCUGCUUCGUCUCCUAAGGCACAGCACUACUGCCAACGACAACGGACCUGCUUGGAACGGUCAAUCUUGGAACAGCAUCGUUGGAGGCUACGGUGCCGCCGCUCUUGCAGGCGGAUAUGGCUACUUUCCCUCUGCUACGCAGCAGACACCACGGCGCUAUCUGGCUUACGUCGCAGCAUUUAGUCAAUUAGCCACAGUCAGUCAGACAUACGAAUAUCUUUGCGGCCGAUUACGACUAAAAUUUGAUGAUGUUCGUUUGUGGCUAAUGAAAGACGAUCACUGUCUGGUCUUGCUGGAAGAUGAAAAUGCAACACUUGCUUCUCUUUCUUGUCGUGACAACGACCAACUUCUUAUUGAAGUGCGUAACAAAGAUUUGACAUGGCCAGAAGAAAUGGUCUCUCUCUCUGGCCAGAGUGGUGACAAAUAUCGCCAAGCCCUGCCUAGCGAGAAAGGCGCCACUGGGUUGAACAAUUUAGGCAAUACUUGUUUCAUGAACGCUUCCCUUCAGUGCGUAAGCAAUACGCAAGCUCUAACCCAAUACUUCACCUCAAGUAUGCAUCUUCUGGAACUCAAUAGAGAUAACCCCCUUGGAAUGAAAGGCAAUAUCGCAAAGGAUUACGGAGACUUGAUUCGUGACAUUUGGAAAGGAAGAUCUCGCACGAUUGCCCCGCUUCGCUUACGGUGGACGAUUGGUAAAUACGCUCCGAGAUUCAACGGUUAUCAGCAACACGAUGCUCAGGAGCUUUUGGCAUUCCUGCUCGACGGUCUUCACGAAGAUUUGAAUCGAGUUCAUGAUAAGCCAUACGUGGAAUUAAGCGACAGUGAAGGACGCCCGGAUAUUGUUGUAGCCCAAGAGGCGUGGGAGAACCAUCUUUUGCGAAACCGUUCGAUUGUUGUAGAGCUCUUCCAUGGACAACUGAAAUCGAAAGUAACAUGCGGAGUGUGUCAGCGUGAAAGCGUACGCUUUGACCCAUUCAAUUACUUGUCACUACCUCUACCUCUCGAAAGUUACGUUCAUGUCGAAGUUGUUGUGGUUCGUUUGGACGGAUCAGUUCCAGUAAAAUAUGGUCUUCGUUUGCCGAUGGAUGCCACUUAUCUGCUACUUAAAGAAAGACUCGCCGCUUUGUGCCAGGUCUCCUACGAUCAUCUUUUACUUGCAGAAGUAUCAGGGGCAAUGAUUAAGAGCUUUCCGGGGGUUAGCAACAAGGUUCGACCUACGUCUGGCUUUGCCUUAUUCGCGUAUCAAGUGCUGAACUCUUCUGAGGUCAUCCAUCUUCUUCCCACAAAUGGUGGCCAUAUCGGCCUUGUAGACGGCGAAGAAGGUGCCAAAGAUCAGUCCAGUCCGAACAACAACAAACUAGCUGAUCAUUCCAAUAACCAAGCAGCGAAAGUCUUUCAUAUCAAAGAGGGCGGCAACACAAACACCAGCUCGGAGAAUGGUUCGUCAACCGUCGGACAGGAAUCCCUGCCACCACGGUCACCUGCUGAUCGUCCAACAACAAACGGUGGAACCAAUGAAGACCGAAACGGUGGUGAUCGCUCUAGUUUGGCCAGCACGAGCAGUGGCAGCGGUGGUUUGGGCAGCCCAGUUAGUCUCACGAGUAAUAACAGUAGCGCUCAAGAACUAAACGGCGCUCUGGGAAUGGGAGCCUCUUUUCUGGUCGUCUACCAUCGAAAAAUGAUACGACAAGAUCUCUAUUUCGUCUCUCCACACAAAACGCGGCCUAGUCUCUUCGGUCUACCACUAUUGGUCCCUUUAGCAUGGACUACGGAUGGGGUUUCAUCUCAUCCAGGAGACGAAAGCAGCAAAGUGUUAUUGCUACAGACCACGAGUCAAGACUUGUAUAGAUGUGUGUGGACACUGGUCUCUCGACUGGUCUCGCCUUCUCCACCAACUGAUAGUGGCACUCUUCCGAAUCACGCCCAUGACUGCGAUGACAGUCUGGGCUACGAGUUCCCUUUCACUCUAAAAGUUGUCCAGGCCAAUGGAAUCCAUUGUGGCCUGUGCCCGUGGACCAAAUUCUGUAAAGGAUGCCCGCUGCCACCGACACCUGACCCUCUACCGAACGGUAGUGAGACCAAUUCGCCAGCAGUCGAAGGCGUCCUUAAUUACUGUAUCGCCGUUGACUGGGAGCCGACGGCCCUUCAUCUUCGCUAUCAAACAUCGCUUGAAAAGGUUUUUGACGAAGAUCCCAGCGUAGCUAAAGCGGUUCAUCAACAAACUGAACCAGUCAGUUUAGAACAGUGUUUGCAAGCUUUCACACGAGAGGAACAGCUUUCAGGUGACGAAAAAUAUUACUGUCCAAAAUGUGCCACUCAUCAGCCAGCUACUAAAAAACUACAAAUAUGGAGACUUCCUCCAAUUCUGAUUGUUCAUCUGAAACGUUUCCAGUUUGUAAAUCAUCGUUGGAUUAAGUCUCACAAGGCCGUUCAAUUUCCACAUAACAACUUGGAUUUCACUGAGUUUUUAGCAGCUAUUCCUAGCGAAACGCUAGUCCGUCACCGCCAAAAAGUUGCUUCUUCCACACCUCCCAACGGGAUCGUCGACUCUGCUAACGACGAAUCUAAUGGUGAUGAUAUGAAUCCUAAGCUUUCCACUUCGUCCACUUCAUAUUCCAACGGGCAUCCACCAAAUCUUUCGGAAGUGAUCAACGGCAAUGAAUCGACUCGCAAACGACUCGAGUCCACCUCGCUAAUGACUCAUCCAGUUCACGACGAGGAUCUUAUAGACUUUCAUCAACAUCGACUUCUACCAGGAUACAAUAAGCUGGACAUAACCUACAGCCUUUACGCCGCUGUGUGUCAUUCUGGAAUCAUGGGAGGAGGUCACUAUAUUUCUUAUGCCAAAAAUCCUAACGGUAAAUGGUUCUACUACAACGACUCAACAUGCAAGGAAUCAUCGGCCAAUCAAAUCGAAGGACAGACAGCCUACAUGUUGUUUUUUGAAAGAGAUGGAAUUGACAUGAAGGCGUAUCUUCCCAAAUUACGGGAGCCGAGUACCAGUUCAGCCGAGAGCGCAAAUAGUGACUCUACUGCAGGGAAAGGGACACCGGCAGUGAUUGGAUUGGAAGAAGAAGAUGGCAAAAAGUGCUGCAUCAUGUGAUGCAUUAUUGACCUAUUUAGCCCUAAUAUUCCAGUCUUAAGUAUCGAGUUUCACCUCAGAGCGAAAUAGGCAUGAUCGCGCUCUAGUCACUCGCAAAGGUCAAACAUUUCAACCAGUAAGUGGUUUGUAUGAUUGAUUCUCGAGGUGCCAUGCACCAUCAUAACUAUCUCUGUCGAAAAAUGUGUCGGUAGGAUAGUGCAAGUCCAUAUGUAGUUGUCUGUAAUGUUAUCUUUUCCCCCCUCUGUUAUGAAUGUUAUUAUUGAUUUGAUUUUGGCCGAUAGUCGUUGCUUAUUGUUUUCUUGUGCCUUUGUUCCCAGUUUACCAAAACUCGUGUUAACAUAUAUAUCGCGGUGCACUCGUGAAAAUUCGCAAACAGGUACGAACGUGGACAUUUAACUGUGGGCAUUAUUUCUUUUAUAUUCAAACAAUUUUGCUACAGUGACACGCAAGCAACUGACUUCAUUCCAGUUUGUAAUGCUCCAUUAAGUCCAUUUCAAAUGUUUUGCUUUGUGGGACGUAGGUAUUUUCGGAUACGUCUGCGGCCCGUGUGUCUUUUUCUUGCUCUGUAAAAUCAAUGCAUGUAUAGCGUUUCAUUCUUUAAAAAUAUUCCGUGAUUUUACGCGUCUUGUGCAAUUUAAAAUAUAAAUGAUGCGUAAAUAUAUAUGUACACCUUCUGAUAA